GCGCAGAGGAAGAUGGCGUCCGGCGUGAGGCAGGAGCUCGCACAGCUGAUGAACUGUAGCGGCUCUCACAAAAGAUCUAAGCUGGGAAGUAUGUCAUUUCAAGUCAUUGACUGAUAUUGUUACCCACUGUCCGUCUACUGCACGAAUGAACUGCUGUGUGGGUAUUCCGUCGGAGAGAAGUGAUGCUGCAGGCCAACAUCAGCUCGCGUGAGGAGAUGCAGCUCAGAGGAUCUCUCUGUCAACAACAUGCCUACACUAGCUUUACAACUAUCGGAAGAAGUUACACGUGCAAAGUUGAUAUUAUUAAUGGAUAUCGUCAAAUAUUAGAAAAGGCUCUUCAGUUUACAGACGCAGAACAACUUGAGGCACUGAAAGCAUUUGUUGAAGUGAUGGUCAAUGAGAACGUCAGCCUGGUCAUAUCCAGACAGCUGUUGACAGACUUCUGCACGCACCUCCUAAACCUGCCGGACGGCACUGCGAAAGCCGUGUGUCACUUCACCCUGGAGAAGAUCCAGCCCAGAGUCAUCUCAUUUGAAGAACAGGUGGCUUCGAUCAGACAGCAUCUAGCCACAAUCUACGAGAAAGAGGAGGACUGGAGGAACGCCGCGCAGGUCCUUGUGGGAAUCCCGCUGGAGACGGGUCAGAAACAGUACAAUGUGGACUAUAAAUUGGACACUUAUCUGAAAACCGCCCGUCUGUAUUUGGAGGAUGACGACUCGGUUCAGGCCGAGGCCUACAUCAACCGAGCCUCUUUACUUCAGAAUGAAUCCACCAAUGAACAGCUGCAGAUUCACUACAAGGUAUGUUACGCCAGAGUUCUGGACUAUCGGAGGAAGUUCAUUGAAGCAGCUCAGCGCUAUAAUGAGCUUUCUUACAAAUCCAUCGUCCAUGAGACUGAGCGUCUGGAGGCCCUGAAGCAUGCGCUUCACAGCACUAUACUGGCCUCUGCAGGUCAGCAGCGUUCUCGUAUGUUGGCUACGCUCUUCAAGGAUGAACGCUGUCAGCAACUCGCCGCUUACGGCAUCCUGGAAAAAAUGUACCUGGAUCGAAUCAUUCGAGGAAACCAGCUGCAAGAGUUUGCUGCCAUGCUGAUGCCGCAUCAGAAAGCCACCACAGCAGACGGUUCAAGCAUCUUAGACCGAGCAGUCAUUGAGCACAACCUGCUGUCUGCUAGCAAACUCUACAAUAACAUCACAUUUGAAGAGUUAGGAGCUCUUCUGGAGAUUCCUCCUGCGAAGGCAGAAAAGAUAGCGUCACAAAUGAUUACUGAGGGUCGCAUGAAUGGAUUCAUUGACCAGAUAGACAGCAUUGUCCAUUUUGAAACGCGAGAGCCGUUGCCCACCUGGGACAAGCAGAUUCAGUCACUGUGCUUCCAGGUGAACAACCUCCUGGAGAAGAUCAGUCAGGCAGCACCGGAGUGGACGGCACAAGCCAUCGAGGCCCAGAUGACCCAAUAAACCCUCUUCAUGCUCUUCUGUCAUCAACACUUUGCUUUCUCUCUUCUCAUUGGUCAAAACAGAAAAGACUGAUAGUGAGGUUUCAUAUUUUAAAUUUAUUGUGUGUGAGUAUGGAUGCCUAUUAAACGGCGUGAAAAAUU